AUGUUAAAGAAUUCAACAGAGUCGUAUAUCGACGGCUAUAUGAGACUCGCUUGGAUCAUACUAUCAACCUCACCACAACUAAACCCACCACCACGCUACACUCACUUGAUGAAACUACAUAACCAUUUCCAAGCUAAAUACACCCCUUUUCUCAAGAAUCUCAUAGUCAACUCGCAAUUAUCGCCUACAAAUAUGGUCAUUUCAUUAUACUUUUUGUACAAGCACUAUCACAAGAACUCAAUAAUAUGUACCAAAUUGGAGAAACCUCAACAAAAUGGAGGAGGAGCCACAUCCAAUGACGUUGCACUCGAUCCAACUCACAUAUACAUGAUCAUCACAUCACUUAUAUUGUCCAACAAGUCAUUUGAUGACCAGUCGUAUACACUCAAGACAUGGUUUAUUAUCAUCAACAACACUUGCAAGAACUUUCCCUUUGCGGGUAUUGGCGUUGACUUGAAACUCAUUAAUGCAAUGGAGGCGUAUUUCUUGAGUUCUGUCAAUUUUCAAUUGUCGUUUGUUGGGAUGAGUAGUGACGCAUUGUUUUGGCUGUUGUUUGAACAUCAAGCAGGUGUAGUUGGUGUUGAAGAUGUGACUUUGUCAAUGUUUAAGUCUUUGUCUGGGUAUGAUGUCCCACAAGUGGAUUUUGUUUCAACGACACCAGUAGCGAUGCAACCACAACAACCACAACCACAAAUGCUAUAUGAAACACCACGUCAACAAUCAUACGAACAAACUUAUCAAGCACCAUUUCAACCAUAUGAUCAAUCUCAGUUGGACUCACAGUUUGUCGCACCUCCAUAUAUCAAUGUUGAUUCAAUCACACCACCAGUACCAGCACCACCGCAAUUGACAACCACACUGUGCUCGCCACUCGAAAACACCACAACUUUCUCAUCAUACUAUCCAUUGACACCAAACACGCCAUUGGAUUAUUGUUGCAAGAGAAGAAAGUUGGAACAACCUAUAUUACCAUCACAAAUGUUGCCACAACCGCCAUCGCAGCAACAACAGCAACAGCUUCAACCACAGCUUUAUUUCCAGACAACAGCACCACAAUCACAACAUUAUCAACAGCAACUACCACAAUACGCCCAACCACAACAAUGGGCUAGUUAUCAGGUUCCCUUACCAUACUUGUACUGGUGA